GGAUAGCUUUUUGAAAGCAAUAGAAGUAUUGUCCGGAAUGAAGAGCGUCAGACUUUCUCGCAGAAAUCCUGUUGUUCCUCGAAAGCUUAAAAAGAAUGACAAAAGAGAAAAUGUCAGCAGCGUUCUGAGACUUGCAGAUCUGCAGUGUCCCGUUCCAUUUUGGUUUGCUGCUCCGGAACUGUUUCAAAAUACGACAGUGAAGCUGGCUGAAGGAAGUUUCGGUGAAGUUUAUAAAGUGUGGAAAGUAAAUGGGGAAAAACGAAUUUUGAAAAUUGUACCUGUUGGUGACCGCAAUCCCCAGACAAGAGAAGUGCAAUUGACCUUUAGAGACAUAAUUGCUGAACUGUGUGCUUCUUUAGAGCUUGCCAAACUAUCAAGUGGUUCAAGGAACCGUUGUCCGUCUUUUCCGAAUAUAUAUCGAGUUUGCGUAGUUCGAGACGUAUAUCCAGAUGCAGCUAUUGAAGCUUGGACGAAAUACUUUUCAAAAAAGAGAAGUUCUCAUCCAAGACCCAAUUGCUACAAAGAGGAUCAAGCAUUUAUAACUAUAGAAACAGAAGACAGUGGAGGAAGUUUGGGUACAUACCCUAUAACAUGCUGUCUCGAAGCUAAAUCGAUUUUUAAGCAAGUUGCAACAGCUGUAGCAGUGGCAGAAGAAGAAUUAUUUUUCGAACAUCGAGACCUGCACAUGAAUAAUAUUUUGAUCAAGGAAUGCAACGAAGAAGAAUUGGUUUUCAAAUUACGAAACAAAAGGCACGUCAUCAAAACGUAUGGAGUGAAAGCCACUAUAAUAGACUUUACAUACUCAAGAAUUUCUACCACUGAUGGAAUAAAGUUUAUGGAUUUGAAUAAUGUUUAUGAUCCCGAACCCGAUUCUCCAAGAAAGUUUCUAGACCAUCAUUUUGUUUAUAGUCAGAUGGAAGAAAUAACUAGAAGUCAAUGGAGCACUUUUUCUCCGAAGACUAAUAUCUUGUGGUUGAAACAUGUUGCCGAAUGCUUGUGGCAGGAACUAAAAGACAAAGAUCCGACAAGUAAUGAAGAAACAGCUUCACAAAUUUCGCUGCUGGUUUAUAACAGAACUUGUCUUUCCUAUGAAAGUGCAUCAGAAUUUGUCGGAGAAAUUGUAGCUGAAUGAAAUUUAACGUGGAUCUUAAUGAUUGUCUUAA